AUGCGUAAGUUGGAUCUGUGGCAUUCGUGUACAAGAAGAGCGUGUUGCUUGAACGAUACUUCUGGAAUACCACGUCUGAGCCAUACAGUAAGUUAA